AUGAAGAAACCUCAGGGCCAAGUGCUCUGUAUAUUGAUGACCAUAACAUGCGGCAUCUCAUACCUUCUCUAUGGCUAUGACCAGGGGUUCAUGUCAGGCGUGCUACUCGCCGAGGAUUACCUUCAGACAAUGGAUCGGCCAUCAACCUUUAUGCAAGGACUACUGUCCAGUCUCCACACGCUGGGGUGCUUUUUCGGUUGCGUCGGCAGUAUAUCGUUCAGCGAGAAGAUUGGUCGCAAGAAGCCUAUCUUAAUCGGCACAGUCCUGAUCUCGAUCGGCGCAGUCAUUCAAACAGCCGCAUACUCACCAGCUCAAUUCAUUGUCGGGCGGAUCGUGUCUGGAAUGGGAACCGGACUAAACACGUCUGUGAUCCCAGUAUGGCAGGCCGAGACCCUUCCAGCUAGAAAGCGAGAGCGAUUCGGAGCCAUCCAGUAUGUGUUGGUUUGCACAGGCACCACCAUCAGUUACUGGAUGGCGUAUGCUCUGUCCUAUUCCGCAAAUAGUGUUUUUCAAUGGCGUUUCCUGGUCGCAGCGCAGCUUGUGUUUGCGGUGCUGAUUAUGUGCCUUGUUCCAUUGAUGCCGGAGUCCCCUAGAUGGCACUUCGUCCACGGCUACCGAGACAAAGCCUUCGAAGUCCAAGCAGAGGUCCAUUUGAUCCAGCAAGCUGUGGAGCUUGAAGCCAGACAUGGAGCGACUAAAUGGGUUGAUCUAUUCAAGAAUGAGCCACGCACACAAAAUUUCCGACGUCUCAUGCUAGGAUGGUGGCUGAUGUUUAUGGUGAUGUGGUCCGGCGUCUGCAGUAUCGGCUAUUACAUUUCAUACCUCUUCGAAGUCUCCGUCGGUCUCAGUCACAACUUGUCCCUGCUCCUUUCUGGGUUCAACGGUCUCUGGUAUCUGUUAUCAGCUUUCAUCCCAUUCUUUGUGAUCAAUCAUCUCGGCAAGCGGCGGUGUAUGAUGAUUAGCGCUGCUGGCAUGGGCUGCUGUUUCCUGACAAUGUCACUGACGAUCCGGUCGGGCACGUUUGCAGCCUCGAUUGUCUGCAUUGUUGCCUUCUUCCUGUACUACACCUUCUUCGCACUGGGAUACCUGGCGAUACCCUGGUUGUACAAUGCCGAGAUCAUGCCUCUUCAUCUGCGAUCCCAGGGGACAGCUCUGACGACCUCCUCGAAUUGGAUUUGGAACUUCGCCACCGUCAUGAUGACUCCCUCGCUGAUGAGCCAGCAGGGCUGGAAGGGGUACCUGGUAUUUACGGUGUUUAAUUUCUGCUUUGUGCCGGUGAUAUACCUGCUAUAUCCGGAGACUACCGGCCGACGGCUCGAGGAGAUCGACGCGAUAUUCUACGGGACUUCGGUCUUGGUGGCCCGAACGGAGUGGGCCGACAAAGGCCGGUUUGAAGCCAACCCGCUCGGAGGAGUCAUCCAGGGGCUAGAACCUUCGCAGAAGGAAACACAACACCACGUGGAGUACGUCAGCUCAAACUCGGAGAAUUGCUAG